AUUUCCCAAACAGAGGGCCUGAGCUAAGCAGAAGAGAGAGCCGUGCUGGCAGAGAGAAAAGGAGGGGUGGGGGCAAAACCUGCCCCCAAGGCUCCUUGGGCAUUUGGACAAGAUUUCCUUUGGAUUCCUUGAACGCUACUGGAGGGAAGUUAGUGUUUUCUGAGCCAGCGUCUCCCCCGUGGAGUUUGCUCUCUCCAUAGGAUGCUGCUCGGGGUUCUCUUGCUGACUUUUGUGUCCCUCCUGUGGGUGUCGGGGUCUCAGAGAUGUCAAUGCCACUGCACCUGUCUGGCCGAGCAAGCGAGGAGGGGGCCACAGGUGCUGAGCAGGCAGACCCGGCAGCUCCGGCACUACCACCAACCUAGGCAAAGGCACAGGCUAAGAGGUUCCAGGUCCCGUUCAGAAGAGUUUGUGCCACAAAUUAUCGAUCACCCCUCUGACCUUGUGGUCGCUCAGAACCAGCCUGCUACCCUGAACUGCCGUGCCACGGGAAACCCAGCACCCACAAUUGAGUGGUAUCGCAAUGGAGAGCUUGUGAAAACAACCGAAGAUGAUGCUACUUCCCAGCCGACCCUUCUGCCUGAUGGGUCCCUCUUCUUUCUCCAAUUCAGCCAGAAGAAGGGAAAAUCAGAUGAGGGUGUGUACAACUGUGUGGCCAGAAACAACCUGGGCACCGCUACAAGCAAGAAUGCCUCACUCCAUGCGGCAGCUCUGCGGGAUGAUUUUCGGCUUCACCCCAGGGAUUCUGUGGUGACAAGUGGAGAACAACUGUUGCUAGAAUGCAUUCCCCCUAAGGGACAUCCAGAGCCCAAAAUCUCGUGGAAGAAGAAUGGAAUCCCCAUAAAUGAGGAAAGUGGACAUUAUGAGGUCUCCGGUGCAAAGCUUCUGGUAGCCCAUGCUCUAAAAAGUGAUUCAGGAGCCUAUGUUUGUUUGGCCACAAAUCCAGUAGGCGAGAGAGAGAGCAGAGCAGCCUUAGUGUCUGUCUUGGAAAAACCAGUGUUCACUCGGAGACCUAGUGACGUUGUGGCCAAACUUGGGAGCACCGUCCAGUUUGUGUGUGGAGUCCAUGGAGAUCCAGUGUCCACUGUCCGGUGGCACAAAGAAGAUGGAGAGCUUCCCACAGGAAGGUAUGACAUCAGCCAAGAAAAUACCCUUCAGAUCCACCAUCUGACAGUGUCUGAUGCUGGAAAAUACGUCUGUAUUGCCUACAAUCAGGUGGGAAUCAUCUUCGCCAAGGCAUCUUUAACAGUGCAAGAUCUCCUGGACACUGGCCAGCAGGAGCCAGACUGGCCAAAAGGUGCCCUGAAGGUGCUGGCGGACAUCAGAGUUUACUUGGCAAAUGUCACUGCUGUUCCCUCCACUCCUGCAGCCCACCUGCACUGGAAGGUCAUCCCUACUUCACAGCAUAUAGAAGGUUAUUUGGUCUUCUACCGUGUACUUCUCCCUGUGAGCACUCAUUGGGCUGAAUGGAAUGUCCCAGGAGACCAGCGGACUAUUGUUCCAGCCCUUGAGAGGGGCUACAAGUAUGAAUUCAAAGUGCGACCAUAUGCAGGGAAGUUGCAUGGCUCAGACAGCAAUACGAGACAUCUCUGGAUCCCGGAAGAAGUGCCCAGUGCUCCUCCUCAGAGCAUCAGCAUUAGCAUGUCUCAAGAUGGGAAUGUCUCUGGGAUAGUCCACUGGGAGCCUCCGCCACAUGACACACAAAAUGGCAUCAUCACAGGGUACCAGGUCUGGUUCCUGGGCAACGAGACAUACCAAGGCUCUAAUAGGACCAUUGAUGGAAAAACACAUCAUCUAGAAGUAACAGGCCUGGGAUAUGGACUAAAACACUGCGUCCGGGUAGCAGCCAUAAAUGGAGCAGGAAUCGGGGUUGCCAGUAACCCUGUAUGCAGUGUCCUAGAGCCUACAGUGGGGAAAAUGGCAACGGUUCCUGAUUUCCUGUCUGCCAGCUACAUCCUAGAAGUGGUGCGCCAACCUGUCUUCAUUGCCAGUGUGGGGUCUGCACUCUGGAUCAUGCUGAUGGUGCUGGCAGUUUACGUUUGCCAGCAACAAGCCCGGCAGCACAACAAGAGACGGCAGUAUGGUCUCGGUGAAGGUUUGUACAGGAAUGCAAGUGAUGACACCAUCAUCAAACACAGGGUAGACUCAAGUGAUUCCCCCUGGCUUUCCAACUCAUGGAAGUCUACCUCUGGUUCCAAGAAUUACAGCACUAGCAGCAGCUUGAGCAGCCAACUCCUGUGGACUGAGCCCAAAGACAACCAGGACUCCCACAAAUCAUCCGUGUCCUUUGACAAGCAGAGCCAAGGAUCCCAAAUGCAGGCUGCUCCUCUGGUACCUGACAGCAGCAGCAGCAGCCUGUAUGGAGCCCUCUAUGUGGACCUUCCUGCAAGAGACCUGAAAACCUUCUACAGCGCUCCUCUGCCACACCUUUCAAGCCCCAGCCUGCCAAGCAUGGAACUGGUGCAGCCAAGUGACCAGAGGCUCCUCCCACUCUGCAGUCAGAAUCUGAGGAUAGAUAACACCAAAAUCCGGGGAUCAGUACGGCAAGGAAAAAGGGCCAGUCCCUCAUCCCCAAACCUUAUUCUGCAGGCAUCCUGGGAGAAAAACAGCAAGAAAGAGCUGCAACAAGUCCACAGCACACCUGCAACUCCAUCUGGCUUUUCGGCAGACUGGAGCAACCUCGGCAGUCGGAUCAGCAGCAGCAGCUCUGGAAAGCACCACAGAAUCCCCGGGGAAACAAAAAGGGUACUGAAAUCUCUCAGCUCCCCAAAGUUCUUGCAGGGCGGUGCCUCACAGAAUGCUGCUGUUCUGUUGCCUCCACCUCCUCCAAUCCCGCCAGACUUCCAAGUUUCCCAGGAUCACAGCACCCAGCAAGAGUGUACCUGCACUUGUUAUCGGGAGGCCCCUGCAGCCUCGGUGCCCCAGCAACAGGACGAGGAUUCCCCGCAGACAGCCAAGGGUUCCCCGCGAGAAAGCCAAACCUGCCCCACUCUGCCAUACAACCGCCUCUCCACAGCUUCAAUCUCCGCCUCCCUCAAUGAUGACAAGGAGACGGUGCUUACCCCGGAUGAAGUGGCUGAAUACCUGGAACUCAGCGAGGAGGCUGGCUGUCCAAGGCAGCAGAGCAGUGGCUCCUCCAUUCAACCGUGGGCUUUGUCUGCACCUCUCACCUAUGGAUAUAUCUGUGGCCAGCUGGCCUCAGAGCUGCUGGAAACUGAAGGGGCUGGUGAAGAUGAAGACACCACCUUGCAGGAAGGGGGCUGCCAUCCCACGAAGUUCUUCCAGAGUUUCUGCAGGACUCCCUCGUCCAGUCUGAGCGAGGAUGAAGCGUCCCUGGGGGGCUCCCUCCUCAAUGGGUGGGGCUCCGUCUCAGAGGACAACGGCACCAGCACCCGCUGCAGCCUCGUCAGCUCCUCCGAUGGCUCCUUCCUCCUGGAUGCCAAUUUUGCUCAGGCUCUGGCGGUGGCGGUGGACAGUUUCUGCUUCGGGCUGGCUCAGAGGGAGGCAGACAAAGCACUGACAGACUUCUUGCCCUCCACUUCUCCUCCGGAUGGAAUCAGGCACCUGCAUGCUGCCACAGAGAUCUUGGAGGAUGCUCAGCAGAAGCCCAGACCACAGACCCUUCCUGUAUGGGAGUGGAGCACAGACUGGGUGAACGAUAUGGAAGCCAAGUACAUGCAGCCAGUGGAGAACUGGAGCAGCACCUCACAGUUUGGAGGAAGAAAGGCAGAGCUGGAAGAGACCCAGAAAUUCACAUUCCCCUUUCAGGGGGCAAAUGGUGCCUGCAAGUCUGACUCGAUCGGCUACCCAGAUGGAGCGGUUGGUGCCAGCCAGAACACAGGGUCAGGAGACUCUGCUGUUCCUAAAAGAGGCGAGGAAACAGUGGUGGGGAAACCUGCCAUUCAGAAGCAAGGGCCAGAAAGCAGUCCUUGAGAAGCUGGCUUCAUGCAGGAACACAGACAUAAAACCACCUUCCCUGGUCACCAAGGAAAAGGCCUCCUGUGUGUUUUCACCAUCCAGAGUCUCUUAGGAUCAGAGUGCUGCGGCAUAAGCUGGCUGACCAGGAGAGUUCUCAGAAUCUAGGCCUCAAUCCACAUGCCUGAGUUGACUGUACUAUAUAUCCUUGGGAAUAAUUUCCUGUGAGGUUCCUCUGAUGACUGAGGGGAAAUGUCUGCAACUCCUCCAGUUGUUUCUGUCCACCAGAGCUCUGCCAUGUUUGGUUAAGAUAUGGCUCACUCAAGUCAUCUCCUCGCUAGAUGCAAAGGACAUGCUUUCAGGUUGCAUCCGAUGAGGCUGUGCGAGGGCUUCAUGCCGUUUCUCAGCUUUCUGGCUGCUCCAGAUUGUUGCAUAUGCAGUGAGUCAGAUCUGAUUGGGAUGCCCUGCUUUUUCUUCGCAGCCAUCCAGCAUCCCUUGCAAGAGAUCUAGGCUCACCAUGUUUUCAACCAGUCACUGUAGUCAUUUCCUGAACUACAGUAUUUAGCUAUCUAGUACAUUUUAAUCCCAUCUUUCUACUAAAAAUGAGGGCAGCGUACACAGCUUUCCCUGCCUCGUUUUAUGUUCACAAUGGCCUUGAGAAGUAGAUUAGACUGAGAGAGAAUAUUUGGCCUAUGGUCACCCAGCAAGUUUUAUAGCUAAACUGGGAUUUAAAGUUAGUUCUUCUGGAUCCUAGACUGGUAUUCUAAUUACUGUGCUACACAGCUGGCAGGUCAGCCAUUUUUGUUCUUUGUCACCAUUCACCUGGUGAUUUCUGCAGAUCAAAUCUCUUACAGGAGGAGGCCAAGGCCGUCCUUCCUUCCUUCCUUCCUUCCUUCCUUCCUUCCUUCCUUCCUUCCUUCCUUCCUUCCUUCCUUCUUCCUUCCUUCCUUCCUUCCUUCCUUCCUUCCUUCCUUCCUUCCUUCCUUCCUUCCUUCCUUCCUUCCUUCCUUCCUUCCUUCCUUCCUUCCUUCCUUUCAUUCUUGUAACAGUGGAGAUGCUAAUCCAGGAAGGUGCAGGGAUAAUGAAGGAAACUUCCUUGGGCAUUUUGCUGUUGGCGUCCUUCCCAAGACAGAGAUCUGUGCCACCAUCUGGCUUGGCUUUUUACCAGGACUUUUCUAAGGGGGAGAACGUCCCACUGUUUCUGAUCUCCUACUUACAAUUGAUGCACACAGUUCUGGAUUUAGAAGGGUGCUCCAGGUUGAGGGCGAGUUCUCCUUACUCCUGUUUCCAGUCAGCUUGGGAUAAUUUCAUUAUUGAAAAAAAAAUCUACAAAGCAGGGGAAGGAAAUCACUCUUGCAAACAAAAAGGUUUGAGAAAGUCUUUAUGUCCUUUUGUCUGUUUCAUACUCUUGCCAUCCACAAAACUGCAAAUGCUUCUUUCCUAUGGGAUGUCUGUCCUACUAAUCACACCUGAUAUGGCUCAGCUACUUACAUGUUUUGUGGCCUUGUUUUGUAAAUAAACUGAAUUCGUUGUUUUUUCUCCA